CAGUCAGAUGCCCAUACCUGAAGCACUCGAAACUGCCAAGCAAAGGCUACAAGCCUUGGCCAGCCGCCUAAAGAGAUACACCAGAGAUAACGAAGCCAGACGAAUAAACCGGCUGUUCGCAACACAACCUGCGAAAGUGUACUCUCAAUGGCAGGGUAAUAACAACAGAGCAGACCCACCAAGGCUGGAAACUGAACAGUACUGGAAGGGUAUAGGGUUGUGGAGAACCACCCUUGAAGCCACUUGCCCAAGUAUCCAUCAAAUGUGGCAUAUACCAAGGAGAUGCACUGUCCCCACUGCUGUUCUGCAUAGGUCUGAACCCCCUCAGCCAAAUAAUAAACAAGACUGGCUAUGGAUACCGACUCCGGAACGGGGCCACCAUAAGUCACCUCCUCUACAUGGAUGACAUCAAGCUGUACGCCAAGAGUGAGCGAGACAUAGACUCGCUGAUCCACACCACCAGGAUCUACAGCUCAGACAUCGGGAUGUCAUUCGGGCUCGAGAAAUGUGGGAGGAUGGUGACAAAGAGAGGCAAGGUAAUCCACACAGAAGGGGUCUCACUCCCAGAAGGAACAAUAGCAGACAUUGAGGACAAUUACAAGUACCUUGGAAUACCACAGGCAAACGGCAACCUUGAACAGGCAACAAGGAAUGCGGCAACAGCCAAAUACCUCUAACGAGUAAGGUAAGUCCUAAGAAGCCAGCUCAAUGGCAAGAACAAAUCCCGGGCAAUAAACAGCUACGCUCUGCCAGUGAUCAGAUACCCUGCAGGAAUAAUAAGGUGGCCAAAGGAAGAGAUACAGACCACAGAUGUUAAGACACGAAAGCUCCUCACCAUGCACGGAGGGUUCCACCCCAAAUCCAGCACCCUGAGACUGUACGCUAGCUGCAAGGAAGGAGGCCGUGGACUAGUGAGCGUGAGAGCCACUAUCCAGGAUGAAACAUCCAAGACCCAUAAGUACAUCAAGGAUAAGGCCCCGACAGAUGACGUGCUGAGUGAAUGUCUCAGGCAGUGGAGAACAGAGGAUGAGAUGCUGGAAGACGGACCAUCAUGGGAGGACAAGCCCUUGCAUGGGAUGUACCACCGGAACAUAACUGAAGUGGCUGAUCUCAACAAAUCCUACCAAUGGCUUGAAAGGGCUGGGCUGAAGGACAGCACAGAGGCACUCAUCCUAGCUGCACAGGAGCAGGCCCUGAGCACCAGAGCCAUAGAGGCCCAGAUCUACCACACCAGACAAGACCCAAGGUGUAGACUGUGCAAAGAGGCCCCAGAGACGGUCCAGCACAUAACUGCAGGGUGUAAGAUGCUGGCAGGCAAAGCAUACAUGGAACGCCAUAACCAAGUGGCUGGCAUAGUAUACAGGAACAUCUGCGCGGAGUAUGGACUGGAAACCCCAAGGUCAAAGUGGGAAACACCUCCCAAGGUGGUAGAGAACGAGCGAGCCAAGAUCCUGUGGGACUUCCAGAUCCAGACUGACAGAAUGGUAAUGGCGAACCAACCAGACAUUGUGGUGGUGGAUAAAGAGCAGAGGAAAGCCGUAGUGGUGGAUGUGGCAAUACCAAGCGAUGGCAACAUCAGGAAAAAGGAACAUGAGAAACUAGAGAAAUACCAAGGGCUCAGAGAAGAACUGGAGAAGGCUUGGAAGGUGAAGGCCACAGUGGUGCCUGUGGUGAUCGGAGCACUGGGGGCAGUGACCCCCAAACUGGAGGAGUGGCUACGACAGAUCCCUGGAAUAACAUCCGACAUCUCAGUCCAGAAAAGUGCAGUUCUAGGCAACAGCAAGGAUACUGCGCAGAACCCUCAAGCUCCCUGCGCAGAACCCUCAAGCUCCCUGGCCUCUGGUAGAGGACCCGAGCUUGGAAAGGGGAUGAGACCACCCGCGGAGGGUGAGAAUAGAGUGUGUAUGAGAGAGAGAGAGAGAGAGAGAGAGAGAGAACAGAAAUUAGCGUCUUAAAUGUAAAGUAGUUUAUAACUGAAUAUAAAGUUAUUUAUGUCUAAGCAAGUAGAAAAUUACAGGUGUUAUGAAUACAAUGCCCUUUAGUCAACAUCCACAUGGAUAUUUUAUUUGUUUUAAUUAUACUGUAUCGAAAGUAUUACUGUAUCGUAAUGUUUAGCUCUAAAUUUACUGGCAUUUUUUGACAACUGACAAAGACCAAAAGCCUCCUCAGUCUGAGGGAAGUUCUAUAUUAUCCUCCAGUUUGGCUUCACUUCACACUUGCAAAGAACUGUCUCGUUACGUGAACAAAAGACACAAAAGUGAGUAGGUGUGAUGAACCCUCCCCCAAGAAGGACACCAGACUGAAAGAGUUGACAUGACUCAACUUCCACACAACUUCACCUGAGCCAUGAAAAACAGAUAUAUUUGUAAACUGCUUAAAAAGAAAACAUUACCAAGAGUGCAGGAACCUUCAGUCUGAGUAAAGUUAGGCACUAUCCUCUAUUUACAAUAGGCUUCACUUCACACCUGUAAAGAACUGGCUCAUCAGUUCAACAAAGGACUGUGAGAAGGUGUCAAGACCAUGUCCCCCAUGAAGCACAUAUAAUGUAGAAGCUCCUUGAGAAACAUUUCUGCUCUAAAAGAAUGUAGUGACCCAACUUUCAACUUCGUUUAGAAAAUGGUCAAAUGAACUGGACGUUUAUAAAAUCUGUAAAUAAAACUUGUUAAAAAGAAAGUGUUAAGUCUAUGGCUUUAGGAUAUAAAAGUUUCUUAUUUUCAACCACCAACUAACAAAAACAGUUUAUUUAAAAAGUGUGGGUGAGAAGUUGUGUGCUUUAACCACUAGGCUCUUAUAAGUGAUGGAUGGAUGAAGUAGUUCACAAAUGUAUCUGGAUACAUCACAUCAGGUAACAGCACUGCAGGACUCUGGUGCUUUGGGGAGAAGGGGGUGGUGUGAAACCAGUCUAACUAGUGCUGUGGAUUGGUCGUUCUGUCUGAAAAGAGGCUCUCUAUUGUUAUGUUCAUCUAAGCUUGAUUAGAACAUUGAAAUGUUCUUUUUAUAAUGUAAAAGAGCUCCUGAAGCAGGCAGACUGACACACACUACAUUCAAGUGAAUAAGAAUAAUAUAUAGAAUGAGAAUUUAAUAAUUUCAUUAUGUACUUUUGUGAAGUCCAACCCAACCUAAUACAGACAGUAACUGAUAAACCUCCAGAAGGUAGUUUGGCAGCUGUGGCAGUGUGAGCUGCCGAUGCUUAUCUAUGAUUGAAAAAAAGUUAGUACAACAUUCAAUUCUGAAAUGAAGUCAACUUUUCGAGUUUUCUCAACUUUUUAGUUGACAGUUUAGACAGACUAUUGUCUGUCUGUCUGUUUGUCUGUCUGCCCUAGCAAACAGUGUAGAACUGACAUUAUCAGAUCUAUGUCCUGUUCUCAGAACUGUGCCUAUACUUGCUGUUUGACUCUAACUCUACAGGUCAGAUACUAAAGAUCCACCUUUUGGUUUUACCCUGGAAUUGCGUCUUUGGUGCUAAAAUGGGGGUGGCCUCAUUAACAUUUUUAACACCUUCCCCAGACAGACCAAGGAGGGAGGCUGCUGACAGUGUGUGAUCAGCGUCAGAAAGGUGACUGACAGUCGACUGAAAUCAGCGAAAAUGAACCGCUCAAUCUGUAGGUGCAUUACUGAACAUUCUUACACAAACACCUAAUUUCUUGCGCCCUGUCGUACAUCAAGUUUAAACAUCUGAUGUUCCAUUUGACUGACUAAUAAUUUAUGAUAUAUGUGUGUCUUUUACACCCGGACUCUGGCUCCAUUCUAUCUGACUCCCCACCAGACCCAAGGCUGUUAAAGCGAAUCCAUCUUGUCUUCGAAGCUUGGUGUUCUUUCCUUUGGAUAACAAGACAUGAUGAUGCAAAAGUGAGAAUAUAAACAUUCUUACUCACGGUGGAAUAAGGUGGCACAAACAAUUCCAUUGGUGCAGAGAGACAUUCCACCAGAGCCAGCAAAAGGGGUUAAAAGGCAGAAGCAACUUGAGGAUCGUGGGCAUUUUGCAUCACACCUUUGUGGUGUGUGCACUGAUCUCAGCUGGUUUUUGGUUUGUUGAUGUGCACGAUCAACAUCCAUGCUCUUGGUUUGCUUUCCCCAUUAUUUUUAUAAUAUAUCUCACAAAAGACAACUCUCAUCUGCCUCCUUAUGGGAAAUUUCCAUCACACCGCCACCUACUAUGCUAGCGUGCACAAUAAGUGAAACACAAUGUUGCAGGUACAUUUGGAACGCCACUGCCUUUCUAGUUGUUCGGUCCUAUGCUUUAGGCUGCGGAUCUCUGAGUUAUACCAUGGCGCUAUCCUCCUCCUCUGAUUCACUGCCUUCCACAGAGGAGCCACUGUGUCUCCACCAAUUUGGUGCCCUAGGCGAGAUUUCAAGUGGCGCCCGUUGCAUCGCAGUUAAUUCCACUGCUAGUGUAUAAACUGAUAAGAAAAGUUAUAGAUUUGUCUUGGACAUUCUCUAUUUGAAUAAAACAAUUGCAUAUUUAAAAUAUUUAGAAAGAAUUAAAUAAACAUAUACAAAAAAUGAACUAAGCAAUAAUAAAUAACAAUAAUAUUUAUAAAUAAAUAAUAAAUAUACAACAGUAUAAUGUAAAUUGCUUUCAUAAUGUACCUACUGUAUUAAUACUCCCAUAAUGAAAAAUGUAAACAAGUGACACUAACUUAAAAUACAAUAUAAAGUUACUUGCGUUUUUCCAGUCCUUAAAGGAGACUGAUCAUACUUUUCAUUCUAAAAAAUAUUGGACUUUAAUGUCUCAGUAAGAUCUCUGUAAAUUCUCAUCCCAUAAAACCCUGUAGAUCAUCCACACUGCCCCUGUCAAUAUGUGGUUCUGACUCCCCAUAAGCAAAUGCUGUGUUUUCUGGACGUGUCGCAAGCGAAGCUGCUCACCACACCUCUGUGCAGAAGCGCAUACCUUUUUUGUUGUUGUUUUGUUUUUUUUAAAUUGGCUUCAUGGAUUCGGGCCACGGCACGGUUAAGUUUCUUAUUCACAAAACAGAGUGACAACAGGUCUCUAAAACACUCUUCAACCAACCCGAAACUACUCUAAAACUCCCCGGAAGCACGCCUGACGUCACGCAACUAUAUACGCUUCAAAAUAAAAGGGCCACAUAACACAUAACAAGAACUGGACAGUCAACUGCCAACCAAACUAUGUAGCACCCCCCCACCGAUCGCUACAAUACAAUAGGUGGCAGUAGUGCGACAUUGAGAAUGCAAUCAAACGCAAUCCUCCACAGAAGAAGAAGACCCACUACAGGACUGCAGACAAUAGCCAGUCAGCUGAUUAGCAUAGUAGAACCAUACGUCUACGAUCCAGAAUCUGACCCUGAAGCUGAAGAGGAGGCCGUUGAAGUCUCCACAUUUCUGCUGAUGCAAGAUGUGUCUCAUUGUUGUUACAGGUAUCUAGUCUACAGAGGCUAGUGAGCUGGUGCUGGGGAUUCCUGGGUUGAAGAAUCUAAGUUGUCGUCUCUUCAUGCUUGGGUUGUAGAUGAAGGCAGAGUUUCCUGAUGGAUAAAACAUUAAAACACUUAUUACGAUAUAGACAACCUGUGGAAUAACUCUUUUACCAUUUGAGUAAAAAUGUGUUUUUUGUGAGUGCAAUACUCAUUAAGAAUUUUUGUUUUUUUAAUUUAUAUACAAUUUAUAUGCUUUUUAUUUAUGGCCGCUUCAACUUUAUAGCUUACCAUAUUAGAAAGAGAAAAACAUGUAAUUUCAAUACUAUGAUUUCCCGAAUAAAAGUGUUUUCCCUUCAGAAACAGAGUUCAGUAAAAUACCGAAUAGUUAAAGUCAACUUUAUUGUCAACCAAAAAAAUGCACCACUACUCCAAAGCUAGAACGAACUGUUACCUUCACAAUUCCGAUGUGCAAUGUAUAGGUUACUUAGUUAAUUAAGAAGUCUGGGGGUUUGAGGACAGAAGCCUUUGCAGGGCCUUGCAGAUGAAAUGCUUGAUGGAAGUAGGGUAAACAGUCCAUGUCCUGGGUAGGGGGUACACUUGGUUAUGUUGGAGAUUUGUUUCUGCAGCAGGACAGGUAUAGUAAAUAGAUGACCAGGGAGAUCCUUGUUCUCAUCACUAUUUGGAAGACUGAGCGGAAGCAGUCCUCUACCAGAUGGAAGCUGUGGCUGUCCUCACCAUCACCUCAUCAAAACAAAAAGGUACUGCAAUCAGAAUUGUAGAUUAGUGAAAUGUUCAUUAUUAUGUAGGUCAAAACCUUCCCUAAUGUAAGAAUACACAAUACCAGACAAAAAAUUAAACCAAACAAGAGGACAGGCCUGUCUGUGCUAAAACAACAGAUAAACAGUUGUUAUAAUUCAAAUAUAAAACAGUAUAUACCAGUUAAAACUAGAAAAAGUAUUUUCUUGAGAAAUUACGUGGGAGAGCUGAUCUGCUGCCGCAAAGAUGCCAAACGCUGAUUAAGCUGCUGACGUCAAAAAGUUGACUACGGCAAAACGAAAGGAACAAAAGAUUAAAACAAUGACAAAAGAUGGCGAUUAAAAAGAUGAUGAUUAAAACGAUGACCAAGCUCAUACUAAGACAAGAUUAAAAAUAUGACAAUGAUUCAAAAGUUGACCAAAGUAAAAAGAUGUUAAAGAUUAAAAAGUUGACCAAGGUGCAUUGUUGACAAUCAUAAAUAAGCUGACUAGCUUUUUGAUUUGAAGAAAGUAUUUGUAAGUAAAUACCUAACUGUGUAAUAGUUUAAUAACUAGUAAAAAUUUACCAGUCAGAAACAAAAAUUUUACCAUUUAAGAUAAUAAAUAACAUUGGUGCUUUUAUUUUGAAAGGAUUUGGAGUCGUGUGUGAGUGAUUGCUAAACUAUAAAUAGUCAUUAGAUAGUCAUAAUUUAUCAUUCAAUAGCAAGAAUAGCCAUAUUAAAGCAAAAGAUUUAGAUAAAGCCCUUUCAGAAUAAAAUCACCCUAAUAAGUGUGAGUGGUUAUUUACUGAACUCUAAAAUAGUCUCAUUAACGAUUGGUAGGUAUUCAGAACCACAAAAUUUCUAAUCAAUCUUGCCAUUAAAGGUAUUAAAUUGUAAUUGGUGCUUUUAUUUUGAAAGCACUUAGAGAAAAUGUGUGAGGGUAAUAGCGUAACUGUCAUUUAGUCUUUAUAUAAUCAUAAUUACCCAUUAAAAGGCGAAAACGGUGCAGUUAAAGCUAAUAAAUUGCAUUGGUGCUUUUAUUUUGAAAGGAUGUAGAGGAAGUAUGUGUGGGUAAUUACUAAACUGUUAAUCUUUAUUUUUAUUUUUAAAGAUUAAAUAAUCAUAAUUACCCAUCUAAAAGCAGAAAUAUUGCUAUUAAAGCUAAUCAUUUGGCUUGGUGCUUUUAUUUUGAAAGGAUUUAGAGGACAUGUGCUUAAUUACUACACAAUCCAAUAGUGUAGUUGAGUAAUCAGUAAUAAGCAUUAAACUUCUGUCUACACUGAGCAUCAGGAGUUUGACCUGUCAGUGAAAUCUCCAGCUGCGCCAUCGCCAUGGAGACGAAAGGCGGGAAAAUCAGUCUCACUCUGCUCUGUAAAAGCAGAGUUUCACCCUGUAUAAACAGGCUUGUUCCAGCUAAACCAUGAUAGUGGUAAACUUAUUUCAUUUUACGAGUCCCAAGGCUUCAAUGAGCAAAUGGUGUAAAUUAUAUGUUUGAGGAAGUAAGUUUGUAGUGUGGUAGAAAAUUUCCAUAAAGAAGCAGAUGAGAUAGUUGUCCUUUUGUGCGAUUUAUUGAAAUAAUAAAGAAAAUAAAAAUAAUGGGGAAAGCAAAUAAAAAGCAUGGAUGUUGAUCGUGCACAUCAACAAACCAAAAACCAGCUGGGGAGAUCAGUGCACACACCACGAAGGUGUGAUGCAAAGAGCCCACGAUCCUCAAGUUGCUUCUGCCUUUUACCUUCUCUGUCCGACUAGGGUGGAAUGUCUUUCUAACCCAAUCAAAUUACAUGCACCAUCUCCUCCCUGUCGCAGUGUGUGUGAAGAUUUUUACUUUCUCACACCUGCAUCGCUGACGACCAACUAUCUGUGAGAAAGGAGCACCAAGUCUCAACAGACAGAGACACAACUCCCCGACCUUGGGUUUGGGAGCUAGAGUUGAGAGUCUAUCAGGCAGAGACAACCAUUGAACAAUCUAGGUGAAAUGUCAAAUGCAUACAGUAAGACAAAACAUAAGAUAUUAAUUGCAGAACAUAAGUCAUAAAUCGUAUAAUAACUGCUUAGUAAGGAAGACACAAUUUUUCCCAUAACAGUAGCCACAGUCGCAAUUUCAAAAUAUGUCUCCUCCUGUUUUUUUCUCCAGACGUCUGCCGAAAAUUAUCAUUAGGGUCUAUGGGAAAAUUUCGGGAUCUCCCUGCGCUUUGAGGUCGAUAGCAACUAAAGUAGGUCUGAGGGUAAAGCCAGACACAUUAUUAGAAAGAAGACAAUUAUGACAACGAUUUAGUGAAAUAAUUACGUUGAUAGAGUAAAAAUUGUGUCUGUAGUGAUGAGUUAAAGACAGAAGUUCUGUCUUUAUAAAGCGCACCCUCUCACUGUAGCUGUGACAUCACGCACUCUAGUUGACGCAAUACACACUAAUGGAAAAGCUGAAAAUGUAACAAAAAACACACUAAAUUAAAACGCUCACAAGUUGAAAAGUAUAAAAGACACGAGGACGCUGAUUGACACUGUUAAAGUUGAAAGAUGAUAGACGCUUUUGGAGUUGAAAUGACGUUUCUACUCCAAAGUAUGACAAUGAUAGACGCUGAUGAAAAGAGGGAAGUUGACAAAAAGUUGAACGAUGAUUCCCAUAGACGACCAUUAUAAAAAAAACGACGGAAAAAGUUGAAUACCAAUAAAAGUUGAAAAGCUGAAAACGUGAAAAGUAAUAGCCCCUAUCUCCUAAAGGCGACACACGUUUAGGUAGUUGAACGACAAUUCUACGAUGAAGCGUUUAGACGAUGAAAGCGACCGAAAAACGGGUGAAAUGAGAAUAACUAGAUAAAGCAUUUCCAUAGGAAAAUGCACAGUGAAUGCUUCCAUGCUGAAUGUAUUGCUGAAGAAUAGCUAAAAAUAGCUAAAAAUUUUAAAACAUUUCUGAACGUAGCUUAAACACAUAAAGUAUAGAUGAAUGCAUCUGACCAUCUGGGAAAUAGACAUCUUUAUACAAUAAAGUGAUUGCAUAUACAUGCCUCAGACAGGAAUCGAAUCCAGAUGUCCCACUGUAGAGUCAAGGACUUAAUCCAUUGUGCCACCGGACAUAAUGGCUUAAGCAUGACUUGGCUGAACAGUUUCCCCAAAUGAAAACAAAUCCUUAGUCAUUUUAUCAUGUUUAUUUUUUUAAACAAAAAUUUGCAAUAGUGCCAAAACCUAAACCUGUAAUGUGUUCUUUUUGUUUUUGUUCGGUUUUGUAUGGUACAGUCAGAGGAUUGUGUGUGGGAGAAAAGUUGAAAAAAGCUUAAUAACUUGAAACAUAUGAAACUUAUGAAUGAGAAAAAUAAUAGCACACUUCUCCUUAAAAAGCUGAACAUUUUGAUAUUGGAAUGGUUUUUGUAGCUCAAAGAAUGCGGGAGUAGUUAGGUGCCGAAAAAUGUACGGAAGAACUAAAAAUAAUAAUAAUAAAGAUUACAACAACAUGUGAUAAAGACCGAAGAUAUCAAUAUUGUGAGAGCUGUUCAGCUCUCCCACUAAUAAUAAAGACCGACGAUAACAACAGUGUGAGAGCUGCUUUAUCUAAACUGGAAAAAGCGCUCAUUAAGUAGUCCUAAAUAACAAAAAAAGCAGACAAAAGCAGAAAUCAAAGAGGUUUAGAGCUUACUUAGUCGCACUAAAAGUUUAGUACUCUUAUUUUGAAAUGAUUUACGGGAAGCUUGUGUGAGUAACUGUUAAUUUUUUUCAUUAACUAAUAAUAAUAAACCAGUAAUUACUUACAGACUCAUUGCCGAUUCACAAUUGAUCAUUCAAAAACAGAAUUUAUGCUAUUAAAGCUAAAAAUUUGGAUUGGUACUUUUACUUUGAAAGGAUAUUGAGGACACCUGUGCAGGUAAUUUCUAACCUUUAAGAUUGUCUUAUCAUCUAGUCACAAUACACCAGCUAAACGCAGAAAUAUUACCAUUUUUAGCUAAAGAUCCGGAAUGGGGCUUUUAUUUUGAAAGGAUUUGGAGAAGCUGUGUGUGCAAUAUAUUAGUCUAAAUAACUAGUCAUAAUAAACCUGUUGAAAGCAGAAAUAUUGCUAUCUUUAGCCCCAAUCCUAAUUUAGCUAAAAAUCAGGAUUGGGGCUUUUAUUUUAAAAGGAUGUGGAGAUGCUGUGUGUGUGCGCUUAAUAGCUAAACUGGAAAACAGUCACAUUAACCAGUCAGGAUUACCCAUUCAAAAGCAUAAAUAGUCCUGUUAAAGGUAAAAAUUUGGAUUGGUGCUUUUAUUUUGAAAGAAUAUGAAAAAAGGCCUGUGCAGGUAUUUGCUAAACAGUAUAUUAGUCUAAUUAACUAGUCAUAAUAAACCUGUUCAAAGCAGAAUUAUUGCUAUCUUUACCGAAAGAGCAGGAUUGGGGCUUUUAUUUUGAAAGGAUGUGGAGAAGCUGUGUGUGCUUAAUAGCUAAAAUAUAAAAUACUCUCAUUAACUAGUCACAAUUGUCCAUUCAAAAGCAUAAAUAGUCAUAUUAAAGCCAAAAGUUAGGUUGGUGCUUUUAUUUUGAAAGAUUCAGAGGAAGUGUCUGAUUAAAUACUAAAAAAUCAAACAGUGUAAUAAAGUAAUCAAUAAUAUGCAUAGAGCUGAGUAAAAACUGUGUCUGUAGUGACGAGUUAAAGACAGAAUUUCUAUCUUUAAAAAGCGCGCCCACGCUCUCUAGCUCACGUAGUACACACUAAUGGAAAAGUUGAGAAACAAACCAGUUGAAAGCAGAAAUAUUGCUAUAUUAUAUCUAAUUAAAUAUUUGUAAUUAAUCAGUUGAAACAUUACUUAAACAAGCUAAUGAGUUGAAUGUAUAGCUGAUUGGAUCUGCAAAACAAAAGGUGCAAGCCAAGGACUGAAGCCAUUGAAGCACAGUAUAUACUGUAGCUGAAGAGCUGUCUCCACAUGGAGAGAGAUGUGUGUGUGAAUAUAACAUAUUUAUUGGUUCAAUAAACGACUUGAGAGUUGCAACAGUCCAAAAACGGUGGACCUAAAGCAAAUGAGAAUAUUUUAUUACAAAAUCAUGCAUCAAUCAUUGCAGUUUCAAUUUUAACAUAUUGUAGUGGCUCACAGCAGUUAGUCCCGCCCUGAGUCGCUAAGGCUUAUGGGUAAAACAACUGUUUUUGUGUUUAAAGUCUUAUAGUUAAAGUUAGGAUUCAAAAAAUGUUAUAACUUUGAUGAAAUUAAUAUAGCAUCUUGUUCAUUUAUGGUUGUAAUGUGUCCUUUUUUUGUUCUUUUUUGUGUGGUACACCGUGAGUGAGGGGAUUGUGUGUGGGAGUGACCAUCAAUGAGCAGUGCUUUGAUGGAUGUGUGAAAAGUAAAUGGUGCUUGCUUUCUACAAAGGAAGUGCACCAGUGGUGCUGUUAUUUUGUGUCUCAUUAUCUGCACAGUGUAAUCUAAGCAGCUGUAACACAAAUGAUGUCGGCUGUAAAUAGUACAGGAUUUAAUGAGGCAUUCAGUUAAUUUGCCUCUUGUUAUGGGAAAAAUUGUCUCUUCCUUAUUUCUAUGUGUCUUCCUUAUUUCUAUGCAGUUAUUAUAUGAUCUAUGACUUAUGUUCUGCAAUUAAUAUCUUGUGUUUUGUCUUACUGUAUGCAUUUGACAUUUCACCUAGAUUGUUCAAUGGUUGUCUCUGCCAGAAAGACUCUCAACUCUAGCUCCCAAACCCAAUGUCAGGGAGUUGUGUCUCUGUUGAGACUCGGUGCUCCUUUCUCACAGAUAGUUGGAUGUCAGCAAUGCAGGUGUGAGAAAGUAAAAAUCUUCACACACACUGCGACAGGGAGAAGAUGGUGCAUGUAAUUUGAUUGGGUUAGAAAGACAUUCCACCCUAGUCGGACAGAGAAGCUAAAAGGCAGAAGCAACUUUAGGAUCGUGGGCUCUUUGCAUCACACCUUCGUGGUGUGUGCACUGAUCUCCCCAGCUGGUUUUUGGUUUGUUGAUGUGCACGAUCAACAUCCAUGCUUUUUAUUUGCUUUCCCCAUUAUUUUUAUUUUCUUUAUUAUUUCAAUAAAUCGCACAAAAGGACAA